ACUACUGUAAGCAGACGAGUUAACAGAAGCAAAUAGAUAGUUGUUUCAACUCCGUAUGGUGUUGUUAGAACAUGGAUAAUGAAUUGUAUUUAACUGUCUAUACUUCUGGUGUAUUCCUAUAGGAUGUCGUGUCGAAAAAACAUUAUUUUCGGUCUAACCAUUUUAAAUUUCAUUUGUGACAACAAUGCCAAAACCAUAUUGGGUUCUGUUUCGACAACUGCUUCUCAGAGAGAAUGGGGGCAGUUUAUCACAACGUAUUGUUUUCACGGUGAAGCCUUGUUGAAUUACACCCUGAACACCACUGGUAGCACACCACCGAAGCUGUACCUGUUCCUGAAUGAGGACUGGCACGAUGCUCUCCUGACUACAUCUGACUGUCAACACAAACUCUCCAAGUCCCGGGCUGUGUAUGAACUGAAGGGAACAAAUGGCAGUAUCACCAUAUCCCACUAUAAACAGCCGCGCCUGUGGAACAUCCUGUAUGCCGAUUCUUACACAUGUGAUGUUGACAGGCCACUGUUUCCUGGAGAAUCUCCCAACUACAUAGCCUACAAAAUACAGCUGUUCAAUCCUGAUGCUCUCGGCAAUCCCACCGAACAUUUUGGUGAUGACGAAACAGGUCUGUUGAGAUUCUAUCAGAUGCUGAUUCUGGCUUACUUUGUGAUUGGGUGUAUAUUUGUUCCUCGCCUGCACGAGACACUGAAGAAGGGCGGGCCCAUGCAGCUUGUGCUGAUUCUACUGACCAUAUCUACUGGACUGCAAGCCCUGGGGGCCUUCACCAUGAUGAUCCACCUACAGUGGUACUCCACAGAUGGUAUUGGUUCUCCUUUCCUGGAACUGCUUGCAGAAUUUGUUGAUGUGCUGUCCCAGUUUGCUAUGCUGUACAUGCUGUUGAGCCUGAGUCUUGGCUGGACCCUGGGCACUUCCUACAGGUUCUCGCACCUACAGAUAAUCACCAAGAAACCUGCCGCCCGGGUCGUAGGGGUCAUGGGGGUCAUACAGGCUGUGCUGUUUCUGUGGGAGCAGUAUGCUGAUAGAGAACAUCGGAUGUACCAUGCACAGCGGAGCUAUGGUGGGCUUGCUCUCGUCUUCCUUCGUAUCCUGCUGGCUGCUUUGUUUGCCUGGAACCUACAGAGCACUGUGGCCUCUGAGAGGAGUGCUCUGAGGAGGGAAUUUUACAAGUCUUUUACAAAGUGUUGUAUGCUGUGGUUUCUCUGUUAUCCUGUCAUUGUUGUGGUUUCCUGGGUAUUAUACGAAUACCUUAGAUACAAGAUGAUAACAAUGGCUGUGGUGCUAUGUCAGUGUUUCGCGGUGGCCAUGUUGUAUAAAUUAUUUCUGUCCCGGAGUCUGUACUGGGAAAUAUCAGCUCUGUCCAGUACCCUGCCACUGAGGAUAGAUAAAAACUUUGGUAUGAAGGCAUACUCCUGACAGAAAUGCUUCUGUCAUUAUGUGUUUGAGAGGGUAGAAAUUGUCUCUUUUCUUUUGUGAGUCAUAUAUAAAUGGUUGUUCAUAAAUCGAACAAAUCUGUUUGAUGUCUUUUGAAUUUCAGGUAUUUUAAUAGAUUUAAGUUUAUGCUUUAUUUUAUGAACGAAAGUGUUUGUGGACAUGAAUGCUACUUUGAAUUUAAACCCCAAGUGAAGUUGAUAUCUGUACAUGUGCUAGUGAAGUAGUAUAUUACACACGCACAGUGUAAUAUUACUUAUUGCAUGAUAACAAUAUUGUAUAGCUUUAUAUGUAAAACAGCAAAGAAUACAAAGUUGAUAUCUCUGUACAUGUACUAGUGAAGCAGUAUAUUACACAGUGUAAUAUUAUUUAUUGCAUGAUAACAAUAUUGUAUAGCUUUAUAUGUAAAACAGCAAAGAAUACAAAAGAAAUAGAAGUUGACAGGACCACUUUCAUUCUUUAAUUUCGUGCAAACCUCAUUUUGCAAACGAUGGCUGUGUGGGCUUCAUUCAUGAAUACUUGAAUUUGCUUCUCAGAGGAUGCUAUUUAGAUAUUGAUAUUAUUUCUGGAAAUAAUCAUUGCUAAUGAAAGCUAACAAUGUCUUACAUAAACUAAUAUUAGUGGUUUACAGUGUCUUAUCCUGAUUGUGCACUUUUGAAAUAGGAAUUUACUUUCGAGCCAAUUAUUGUGCUAGUUAUACUGGUCUAAUAUCACCUAAUAGAUCUGCCUUGUAAUCAUGUAAGUUUGAAUUUUGUUCCGGUUGAAUGAAAAGUCCAAAGCUGGUGACAACAUAAUUUUAUCCUUGUUGAUAUAAAAAUGCAAGAAUUUCUUUUAAUGUUGAAAACAUGAACUUUUGUCCUACUGCUAUACAAGUGGAUAUUUCCCUGGGUGGAAUGUUUAUAUAUUUGGAAAAGUCUCUUCAGAUUUGAUAGUUGUGAAAAUAGAUUGGGUCGUCACCCCUGAAAUUUCAUAAUGAACUAUUUAUUCCAAGCUUUGAAUUGGAAGAGUUCAACUGUGUCUUCAGGGGUGAAUGUGUUAAUAGAUUAAAAAUCAAAUGUGUCACAGAAUAAGUGUUCUGAGAAGCUCAAUAGUGUGUGUCUCAAUAGUGAACCGUUCAGUUGUUUGCCUUCAUCUCUCUUUUAGAUUGGCUGAAUAUGUAGAACACUUGACCAGCAAUACCUGGUAGUAAUUUGCAGUUCUGAAACUGACUCCUUGCAAAUGCAAAUCAUAGAGUGAUUGAUGUGUGGCACCAAAGUGCUUGUUAACAGGGGUGAUCUAUUGACUUGUCUUUGUCACUAUAGGUAAGCUUUAUGACGCAGAAUAACAGGAAAUACUUCAUUAUGUGCAGAGUUGCAGUGCCCAUUGGUGGAAUUUGAGGUUUAAAUCUCUAAAAUCCUUCUUCUUCAGUACCAUUGGAGGGAUUCUAUGUAAUAAGAAUAAUUUCCCAUGGUUGCUUUAGUAUCUAGGUUAGCGAUCCCAACUUUGUAUCUAUAUUAUAUCUAUAUGCACAUACACUAUUUGAGAAAAAAGAAAUAUUUAUACAAAUAUGAUUGAUAAACUACAGAUACAUGAACAGGGUAAUAUAGCAGUUCAUUAGCUGGUGAAUCAUUCUUCCUCAUAGAAUUCUAAUUACAUGCACAAAAUCCAUUUUAAGUGUAAAUUGUGUUAAGUAAAAUCUGGAAAUCUGGCCCCAAUGUCAAACUUAAGUUGCGUUAUCUCCUCUAAACUGAGGUAGAAAAUUCUGAUCUUUUAUAAAACAUUUAUCAACAGACACUUCAAUUUGUGAUUGAUUCUCUGGCUACUUUUGUACUGAAAGACAUAAUACUGGACAUAAUGUAUUUAUAUAUAUGAUCAGAAAAUGUGUGGAUUUUGAGGUUUGUGACUGGGCCCUGUAUAAAACAGGACAUUAAUCCAACUCUAAAGACAUUAUCAUGCAAAUUAAACCUGUGUAAUCUGGACACUUGUAUAAAUGAGACACUCAACUAGGUCCCACUCUAUAGAGAUUUUGUUGAACUUGACAAUUCAGAAUGAAAAUAUUGGUCCCAGUGUGAUCUGUUCAGACAUGUUUCACCAUUAUAUAAUAUUAGUCUGAACAUAUAAUCAUCUGUUCUAUAAACUGUGAAGUGUUAUGUUUCUAUCCCAUAAUUUAUUAUUAACAGCUCAUUUCCUAUCAUGAAAUGUGGUGACCAUGUAAUAUGUCAUCAGGUAUUUUUUAUUGUGAACUUUGAACCUCAAUGUUUAGGUUGUGGGUGAUGGUGAGAAUCUCCAUCUAUUUGUUUAAUUUGAGAUACUUUGAGGACAUGUUGUUAAGUAACAAUGUAACAUCGUGUCUUCCUUUGUUUUUUCUCUGUAAUACUAUUAGACAAAAACGUCACAUUACUGUAGGUCUGUCAGUGUGUAUGAUAUCGUGAUUACCAACACUCGUCAAAUUUCAUGAUACAUCCAAGACCUAUAACAAAAUAAUAAUAUACAACAUUUGAUAUAGGUUUAUAUAUAAGCCACUCUAAAUCGUUUCACAGUACAGAGAUUGCAAUUAAUACAAUUAGCAUAUACAUUAAUCAAUACAAUUUUGAGGAAUUCGCAGGAGCUGCCUUAUCAGGCGCUAACUACUAGUCCUAUGCCACCUGGCUAAUAUCUCCCUAAUUAGCAGUGUAUGGCUGUGUGUGUGCUAGAGAUGUAAUGUGUUCUGUUUGUAGUGGGACUGUGCUUCCAACGGC